AUGAGUGCUAUUAGCGCACUUGCAGCUCGUAGAAGAGAAGCUGCUAUUUCUGCGCAAACUACACCGCAGCCUUCAGAAUGUGAUGAAGAUCCAGUCUCCAGCAACACCAACUAUUUCAGUCCGCUUCGAAAGGAUGACAGCCAGAGUGGAAAACCAUCAACUCCUAAGAAGAGUGUUGCGAAAGUCCCUCGACAGCAGCGCGGGGCCGAAUCACCAGCCUCUCAUCCUAGAGGUGUUGCUUUAGCAAGCAGAAUUACAGAAAACAUAACACUAGAACUUCCUGGAACGCCUCAGAGAGUAACACAGUAUUCGUCGUUUCGUCUAUCCAAACAAAACCAUCGAGUCAAAGCAGGAGGCGUGAUAGAACUAAGACUAUCGAGCAGUGAGCGAUUUCUCAUUAUUGGAAGUUUUGGAGUUAAAGUUAUCCAAGGCGAGGUGACAUUAGCUGGUGCUACUCUGUAUCCAUCCGACACCAUUGAAUGGGUUCAUGCCCCCCAUUGUCACGCAAUUCCCGUGUUGCGAAGUGCGGAAGAGACGAGACUAGAGCUUCAUCCAGAUCAGAACUCUCGAGGUCUACGCCAAUUAGGUCGUUUGUCACCAUUAUUCAGGAAGAUAUGGAAUGAGCCAUCCGAGGCAGAGUCGGUGACAAAGACCACCAGAGAAGCUACUUUCCAGAUUAUAUAUACCUCAGAAGAUGCCCCUAAGAGAUGCAUUAUCCAAGACUUAGUAUCGCCCCCCGCAUGGAACAAGAAGCUGUCUUCACUUGUAGCAACCAGCCGAAAGAAGCCAUCUUUGUCAACAUUUAUAUGUGGCCCUAAAUCGGCUGGAAAGUCUACCUUUUCACGGCUGUUCUUAAACCGCCUCCUGACAGAUCGAGGUCAAAUUCAACCUUUACGUAAAGUCGUGAUACUCGACCUCGAUCCUGGCCAGCCAGAAUACGCACCAGCAGGAACUUUGUCUCUUGUUUCUGUAAACAAGCCAAACCUAGGCACACCCUUUACACACCCUAAUCUCAAGGGUUCUUCUUUCAACAUUAUUCGCUGUCACUCGAUGGCUUCUGUAUCUCCAGCUUCGAACCCUGAGCUCUACCUGGCAUGUGCAGCCGAUCUUUUUGACACAUACUCCAAAAACUUCGACGGAGUACCUCUUAUUGUGAACACCCCAGGCUGGAUUCUUGGGACUGGUUUGGAUCUGCUAUCUGCACUACUUGAGAAAAUAAGACCCGAAGAAGUAUUGUACAUGUCGCAGGAGGGCCCAUCCGAAACGGUCGAUGUUCUACGUGCUGCGACAGAAAAGCUAUUUACGGAACUCCCUUCUCAGCAAUCUGAGUUCACAUCAAGAACGGCGGCCCAUUUACGAGCGAUGCAGACGAUGUCUUACUUCCACUUGCAAGAAACGGUCCCAAAAACACCGGAACUGUCUGAUGCUCCUCCCAUAUUGAGAUGGAACGCUUCGCCACUUUCUUUUAGACCGCCCUCGCUUGUGCAGUAUUCAUCGCCAAAGCGUGGAAUUCUGGGUUUGAUGUCCUAUGACUAUCAAUGUCCUUCAGAGUUGCUGGCCGAUACGGUAAACGGACUGGUUCUAGCAGCAGUUGAGAUAGAGGAUGUUCAAGCAUUCUCUGGAUUCGUGCCAGAUAAGCCAUCGACCGAAGCACUCUCUGAAUCCACGGACCUGGAUCUGAAAGAAUACCCCCGGCUUUUGCAGCUUAUCUCCACAAGCCCAGAAGCUAUCCCAUUCAUACCCUACUACAAUGAUGCUACAUUGGACCCUCGGUAUUCUCGAACUAUGGGGCUGGUUUUGUUACGUGGCAUCGACACGAAAUCAAAGAAUCUUCAGCUUAUUACACCAAUACCGCUUCAAGAGUUCAGAGAUGUUAAGGCGAAAGGCAGAAACAUCGUCCUUCUUCAUGGAAAAUUCGACGCCCCAAGCUGGGCAUACACAGAGGAUCUCUACGAGAGAGCUGGGACCGAUGAAGGGAACGAUGCAGUGCUGGAAGUUACGGAUGAGGAUACAGAAGAUGAUCGGUCGGAUGCUGAACCAGAAGAGGUUGAGAGGGUUAGUGAUUUGACAGAAGUUCCUUGGGUGGAGGUGUUGAAAGGGAGUCAAAGACGGCCGGUUGGCUCGCGAGUUUGGAGGGUCCGAAGAGAUCUGGGUCGCAACAAUACGGGAGACUAG